AUGGGAUUGCAUUUGGCUGCGCUGCUUUUCCCCAUUUUAAUCGCACCACUCUUCGUUUUCUCCUCCGAAAUCCAGCAGAUCGGCUCGAACCAUCACCUGGUCAAUGAUCUGGACUCAGCUAAGCUCAGAAUAUCUCAAUUAGCUGUUCUUGAGGCGACUACACAGAAGUCGGAUGCGAAGACGCUUUACUUGAAAGAGUGUGAGAAGUUGAUCCAAGUUGCAGAAAGUCAGAUUCAUGAUCUACAGUCUGCUUCAUACACUGUCGAGAGCGGCUUACCGUUGGUCCAAGAAAGGAUAGUUGAGUUGGAAGAAGAGGUUAAACUCCUAUGGGCUGCCUUGAGAACAACCAACUUCGAGCUUCACGUUUUAGAGGAUAAGGCUAGAGAUGCUGAGGAUAUAGUUAAAGCUAAGGCUUUGGAAGUUGAACAGAUGACGGAAGUUGUUACCGAGCAGUGGAUUCAGGUUCAGCACCUUGAGCAGAUGAGAGAAUUUAACAACCGAAGGCAUCACACACCUAGCAAAUGCACUCUCUUGAAGCUCGUGAGCGACAUCCGAAAGUUUGAGGUUAAUGUCAAAUUUGAGUUUCAUUGGGAGAAAAAGAAGGAUUCUCCCUUUGUGAAAGAGUAUCUCCUGUCACAGUUAAAGAGACUUUGGGAAGCUGUUACCAAAUAUCACCACCAGUUGCAAGGCUUCAUCAAGCAUGAGAUGGAGAGAAACGAGAUCACAGCGGCUCUUGCAAACAGAGAAGUGGUGUUUUUUAUGGCAUCUGCAUUGAUUACAUUCCCGGUGUUUGGAGCAUGGAUCUUACUAGUCUCUUCCUAG